AUGCAACACCAACUUGAUGCUAUUAGCAAACGGUUGGACACAGAGGCAAAGGCCAAAGGAAAGCAAUCUCAUGGUCAUGAUCAUGGCUCUUCCAAGAAAAAUCAAGAAGACAAAGCUUUGGAUCCAAACCUUGCAAUGCUAAAGUUGACUUUGCCAAGUUUCAAGGGAGAGGCCGAUCCUAGUGUAUUUUUAAAUUGGAUAGCUAAAGUAGACCACAUUUUUGACUUGUAUAGUGUAAAAGGACAUUUGCGUGAAAAGUUAGUUUGUUUAGCUUUAGAGGGACAAGCCAAACAAUGGCUACGUAGGAGAUACUUAAUCAUGGCCUCACCCGCGAGUACAUGGGAACAUUUUAGGGACAUUUCAUACGAAUGUUUCGUACCUCCAUACUACCAUAGGGACCUCUUGAUUAAGUUCCAACAACUUACUCAAGAUAGACGAAGUGUGGAGGAGUAUGCUCGCGAGCUCGAAGUGCUCCUACAUUGUGCUAACCUUAAAGAAAAUAAUCAUGAAAAAAUAGUUAGAUUUAUUAGUGGACUUAAUAGCAACAUCCAAGAUAUAAUUGAAUUCCAUGAUGAUGAGACUUUAGAUGUAGUGGUUCGUAGAGCCAUGAAAGUAGAGAAGAAACUCUUGAAAAAAGAAGCGUGUCACAACAAAAUUUCCAAAUCUUCAAGAGGUGUUUUCUACAAAUCCUCAUCAUCAAAGGAUAAAACCAAGGAUGUUUCUAAGGAGGCCAUUAACAAAUCUUCUUCUAACCAUUCCUCCUCCCCACCUAAAUCUUCUUUUAGACCAAGUCACAUUAAAUUUUUUAAGUGCUUAGGUCAUGGUCACAUUGCAUUUGCAUGCCCAAACAAGAGGGCAAUGUGCAUUCGAGGAGAAGAGGUUGUCACCGAUGACUCUCCUCCUUCUUCACCUUCACACACUUCUCACUCUUCUUCUUCCUCUAGUGAAGAUGAGUACAAGGUUUCAUUUGAUGGCGACCUACUAGUUAUAAGACGUCUCUUGGGUCAAGUCCACAAGGACUUUGACACAACUCAAAGAGAAAAUAUUUUUCACACUAGAUGUCUUAUAGCUAGCAAGGUUUGCUCCAUGAUCAUAGCCAAGGGAAGUUGCACUAAUGUGGCUAGCACACGCGUAGUGGACAAGCUCAAGCUACCCACCAUAGCACAUGCCAAGCCCUACAAACUUCAAUGGCUAAGUGAGGAGGGUGAAAUCUUGGUAAAAAAGAAAGUGCAUAUUUCCUUUUCUAUUAGCAAGUAUCAAGAUGAGGUUCUUUGUGAUGUUGUACCCAUGGAAGCAACUCACAUUUUAUUAGGAAGACCAUGGCAAUUUGAUAGAAAUGUUCAACAUGAUGGUCUUACUAAUAGAAUGUCUUUUACUUACCAAGGGUGCAAGUAUGAAGAAGCUGAGUGGUAUUGGUUUGCUUUUAUUUCAUACUCUAUCAAGAAAUUGAUCCACAAAAAUGAGGAGGCCGGAAAGGAAGAGAAUGUGAAUUCCAGGCUUAGCUUGUGUCUUAUAUUGAGAGCCGCUAAGCUCAACAUUACAGAUUUUUUCAAAGAACUUCCACAGUUUGUUGUUAAGGCUGGUCCAACUUUAAGCAACAUAUAUGGAACAUAUUGGGAAAACAAGCUGGAGGCGAAGGAGAUACAUGCCAAUGUUAUUCACUUAAAGAUUCUUAGCAAACCUUUUGUGUACAUUUCUUUGAUUUAUAUCUAA